CGGUGCGGCCCAGUCACGGGGGAUGUACGAAAUUUUCGUAAACCACGUGCAAACUAACUAGUGACGUAACUGUGAAAAAUUGUGGUCCAAGUGAUACUUGUUUACUCUGUGACAUAAGUGAAAAAGGUGUUAAUGUUUUUAAUUAGUGAACACAUCUGUUGCAUUUUAAAGAUAAUCAGGCGAACGCAAUCGUUGCCACUUACAUGCUUCAAGAGCCUUUUAAUGUCGAUGAUUCGAUAAAAUACGCGUAUUGAGUAACAGUAUUUACUUUAAAUCAGGCAGCAUGUAGCGAUUUGGAAGCAAUUCUAAUUAAUAUCAUUAUUAUCGAGCAGCAGGAACUGUACAUUAUCUACAUAAUCGCUAAUGUUUAGAUUGGCAUUGAUUUGGAAGAGAUUUACUCGUUACGCCAAGGCAGUGAUUAGGUAUGUGUAUGGUGAUCGUGUAGUGGAAAUGACCUUCGCGUUUCGUUCUCUUAAAGAAACAAGUAAUCAGAAAUUAUGGAUAAAACUACUGAGACCGUAGUGGCAAAUCAUCAGGCACCAGAGAAACCAAAGAAUUUGGGAUGUUGGGCGCGUUUCAAAAGCCUGUUCGAAGAUAGAGGUUUCGAUCUAGAGUAUGAAUAUGGACCGCGAAAUCCACGACCAAUUAGCUUACUGGGAGAAACUCAAGAUGCUGAAGGAUACAGAAGAAUUUCAGAAAGACAAUCAACUAUUAGCAAUAGUAAAGAGAAAAAACCACAAGUUAAUAAUACAACGAACAAUAAUACUAGUAAUAACAUAGACGGUGAAUUGACUGGUGUAAUUAAUUUCUAUGAACAAUUUGCUACUUUAGGCGAUGAUACGAAAGAGGAGCCUGAUCUAUGGAGGAAGUCAGUCAGGCAUCGAGUUUCUAUGAGACCGAGUGCUAUACUGACUAAUAUAGCCGAAGAACCUGACGAUGAAAUAGAAGUGAACAGGUCGCCACCGCCCGCCAACAUCCCCAAUGCUAUGCUGUACUCGCCGCCGGAGCCGCUAGAGUUACUAUGCGUGUUUCCGGAGCGAACAUCGCGCGUUUGUGCGGCGGCGUGCGGAGCGGCCGCGCGGGUCGGCGGAGAGGCGCGGUCCGUCCGCACCGCUCGCGACGCGCUCGACGCGUUGCGGCGCGACUCCGACGCGAAGCAACCACACGUCAUCGUAGUUGAUGCAAGACAGCCGCAGACGUUGGACGCACCGUUGUUGGCAAGAGCGAUAAGGGGCACUAAGAACACCCAGCACAUAAUUCUCAUCGCUGUCGUGAAGAAAAGUGCAUACCUGAAAGACGACUUCGUGGUCCUUCCAUACCUGGAUGCUGGUUUCAACCGGGUAAUGGUAGAAACUCUAAGCGCCACAGCGUGGUGCGCAGAAGUGCUACAAGCGAGAGCCGCGGGCGCGUCGGUGCGGUCACAAAUAGCUGCAGUAGCUGCUCUGGCCGCCGCUGCUGACCGCUGCAGAGAUCUUGUGGCCAUCACUGAUGACCAGCAGAGGAUACUUUUGGCUAACAAAUCCUGGUGCCGUGUCCUGGGUUGGCGCGUGGACGAGGGUCCGAAGCUCCUGUCUGAGACUGCCGGGGGCGAAGCCCUGCGCCUGGCUACCACGGGUGCUCGGGACUGGGAGGCGCCUGUCACCCUGCGUCGCCGUGCCGCUCCUGACCCAAUCCUGCUGCCGUGCCGAGGAGCUACUAUCGGACUUACCAAGAGCACUUCUCACGUAGUGUUCGUGUGCGAGCCGACUCACGCGGUUGAGAACGAGCGUGGUCGCGGCUCCCUUCACUCCAUCAGACGAGGCUCGCUGGAUGUGCGCUCGGUCGCCUCCGAUGGCCUGCGACGUACUUCUCUCGCAAAGCUGCAAGGCUUGCCGCUUGAAGCUCCUAUUACUAAGGUGAUAUCUCUCUUGUCCGCGGCGACUGAGGGAGCUCCUCCAUCGACCGUGGCAUGCAUCGAGAGGGCAGUCGACAUGCUCCGGACAUCAGAACUGUACUCUCCUCAGAUGAGGGACGACCCCAAAAUGAGGGUCGAAGACCCCAUCGCUACCGACCUCAUUGGAGCAUUACUAUCGAGGGAGCAAGUGAACACAAACCUAUUCUUUAUGCAAGGGCCGACUAACACGCUCUCGUCUCGACGAAGCAGCAAUGAUUCCACAGUCGUCAGAUCGCAGACCAACCGAACGAAUAUCAAACAUAAGACUACAGGCCAGCUCCGUGAACUCCUAGACACAGCUCUAAGCUGGGACUUCGAGAUCUUUAAGCUAGAAGACCUGACGCGCGGUCGGCCGCUCGCUCACCUCGGUCUAGCGCUCAUGGGCGGACGGUUCGACGUCUGCGCAGCACUUGAGUGCGAUGAACGGACUCUACUGCAUUGGUUAACGAUCGUGGAGACUAACUACCAUGCUGUUAAUACGUAUCAUAAUUCGACGCAUGCUGCUGAUGUGCUUCAGGCCGUAGCAUUCUUCCUGGAGAAGGAUCGCCUAAAGACAGUCCUAGAGCCUCUCGAAGCUGCCGCAGCUCUUAUAGCAGCCGCAGCACACGACGUAGAUCACCCGGGAACUUCAUCCGCCUUCCUGUGCAACGCGAGACACCCAUUAGCCGUGCUAUACAAUGAUGUCAGCGUGUUGGAGUCGCAUCACGCUGCCUUGACAUUCAAACUGACACUCAACGACGACCGCGUCAACAUCUUCAAGAACCUAGAACGCGACACAUACAAGCAAGUCCGCCACAACGUGAUCGACAUGAUCCUCGCGACAGAGAUGACGAAGCACUUCGAGCAUCUCGCCAAGUUCGUGAACGUCUUCUACGCCAAGUCCAGCGGUAGUAAGGAGGAUAAUAUGCAUACUGAUCAAGAACCACUAGCGCUGGACACAACAGCACUAUCGUUACCGGAGAACGUGAUCUUGGUGAAGAGGAUGAUGAUCAAGUGCGCAGACGUGUCCAACGCGUCGCGACCGCAGAAGUUUGCGUUUGAAUGGGCUAGGAGGAUCGCAGAAGAAUACUUCCUACAAACAGACGAGGAGAAGGCGAAGGAGCUGCCGGUAGUGAUGCCGAUGUUCGACCGCGCCACAUGCUCCAUCCCGCGCUCGCAGAUCGGCUUCAUCGACUACAUCAUCAUCGACAUGAUGGAGGCCUGGGCUGCGUUCAUCGACAUGCCCGAGCUAGUGAACCACGCUCGCUCCAACCACGCUCGCUGGCGCGAGCUGGACGAGGCGGGCGUCACCACGCUCGCCGACGUGCGCCGCGCGCAGCGCCACCACGCGCACGCCGCCACCACUGCCGAGGAGUGAGCACACUGACACAUACUGGAGUCAGCGUGACGUCAUAACGACACUCAUAGGCGUCACUCCACUAUACUGUACUCUAAGAUAUGCGUGGAACUGCAUCAGACGACACACUACAAUGGAGAUGCCCGCUUGGCUUUUGCUUUUACAUGUCAAGAGAUAUCAUCGCGUGGGAGUGUUCUGUGUAGUACACUACACUGUACCUAGGAACUAUAUGACGUCACUCUGUUAUACUUACAAAUUGGACACAGUGAUAGAACCGCGGCAAAGUUUGUACUGCAUGUUGUAUGUACUCUAUCUGUAGAAAAAAUCUCCAAGUGGAGAAAUUGAAAAUCCCUCUUAGAUGACCUCACAUUGCUAAGACAGACCUAUGUGCAUUAUUGUAGGAGUGAGUGCAUACUGCGAGCCACUGCAUUGAUGUAACAGCUACCAUAGGCGGAUGGUGUUUGACUAUGCUUGCGUCGCUCCAUGGCAUGAAUGUUUAAUGGAUAUAUCAUGUCCUAUCGUAUAAUGUUACUAUCGAUUAUCAUUAAAACUCGACAAUUUUGAAAAAAAAACUUAUGACCAAAAAAGUCAAUGUUUAACCCAGUGACGAACACAUGGGUGCCGGUUUGGAUGUCAACGUUAUAAGUCUGAAACGGAUCACGGGUACUAGCCCGACGGAUGAGUCCGAUAAUACGCUUAUUUUAUACUUAUAUAUCCGUGUUAGUGUGGGUAUCACUAAGUUAUAACUGUUGAUAUCUACUUUUUUAAGUAGUUGUAUUUAUUAGGUAACUAUAUUGAAUGCAAAAUAUUUACUACAUUCAUAAAUGUAUCAUUGGAUUUUUUCACUAACUGUCCACAGAUGGCAACAGUUUGUCUGGCUUUGUGUGUACUUAAAUGUUUUAACUUGUGUGAUAGUCUAUGUUUACUAGUGUUGUGCUGAAUUAUACAUUGGCCUUAUCGAUAACCUGAAAUCAGUAUAUCAGGAAACAUAGGCUUGUAUCGCCCUAUUAAUGUCAUUAGCAAAUAAAUAAAAUAAUACGACAUACAAUAUAAUAUGUUAUGCUUCACCAAAUAUUUGUAUAUGUCGUCUGUGGAAACUAGACAAUUGGCAUAAUCCAUUAUUGUUGUAUUCAAGUUGCCAUAUACACGGGUAGGUAUGUUAGUUACAUAAUGUGUAAUUAUAAUGUUUUACAAUGUCCGUGAUAUAAGUGCCAUAUUAACGAUUGGCCAUGUUUCAUUAAGCGGUGUUAUGAUCAUUUCUCACUGCGUCCCAUGACACUAUGUUUAUCACCAUGCAUUACCGUUUAGUUUAUCAUAGAAUAUGAUUCGUAAAUAGUGAGGGCACGACAUAAGUCGCUUGAGUUUGUAACCAUACUUGAGAUUUUUUGCAUUAGGCAAUUUCAUUGUGAAGGAAUCUGGAAUUCCCUAUACGCCCUCACUUUAAGAAUCGCACCAAACUUUGAAAAGUAUUUCUCUACUUCUUAUAUUGUUAUACUAUUGAACAAUUGGUCCAUUUAUACACUUGAGCUUUCAAAGAAUUCCUAUUUUUAUAAUAAAAACUUUUUGUAGUGCACACUUUCGGCCUCGACCAUAUCAAAAUUCCAAAUUUUUCGAAUGAUUUUGAUAUUUGUAAACAAUUACUGUUGAACAAUAAUUCUACCUAAACGUUUCGUUUCAUUCCUGGGGAAUAUUUUAUAACAUUUUAUACUUAACUAUAUGAAUAUAAAUGUUAAUGUUAUUUAUUAAUAGAUAUAUUAGAACACUUGAAUAUUUCUUUAAAAAAUAAUUUAUUGUAUUCGAAUAAGGUCUAACAUGUAUGUAAUAGCGACUAUGGAAUAUUGUAUUCGUCUAUGUGACGCUGGUAUUUAAGAGUUGUACUAUAUAACUAUAGUAAUACAUUGUAAUGAGAUCAUGAAAUACGCUUCCUUGUGCUCAAUGUCAAUACAUAGCGGUCUAAUGUUAAUGUUAUACAUACCUACUUCAAUAUUCGUACACUUUAUACAUAUUAUUACGUAGUUCAAUUUGCUGCUCCAUCGUUGUACUGCAUUGAUUAGGUCGCGGUGUACAAUCUCAUAUUAUAUUAUUUCAUUAAUAUGGAACUACCAAAUCGUAAUUUUUUCGCCUACUAACAAGUUCUAAUGAUCAAAUUAGUUAAUUUUAUUUGUUAUAGUUAGCUCAAUUUAAUUAGAUUUUUAAUGAUUGUUACAUCUUGAUUUCGGAGUGUGGUCCGGUAGGAAUAAUUUCGUCCGCUCCCAGGAUCAGAUAGUUCAGAGGUUUAAACUUGUAAAUGUUCGUUUUACUGUAGACAAAUCAAGACCUAAUCCAACUGAUUUCUAUUUAUAUUGAGUUUAAUGUAAGUACGUUGGUCAUGUUUGAGAAAUUAUAACUAUUAAGAUAACGGGGGCUGGUCCCCAUAUUUAAAUGUGGAGUAUAGAUACAAUUACAUUGUUGUGAAUUUUAUAUGCGGAGACGUGUGCUAUGCAUUACUUGUAUAAGUACCAACUAAUUAAUGUUAAUGUAAAUGAAUAAAGAUUCAAAACACUUCGCAAAGAAGUGACGAAA